AUGGCAGCAAGCACUACUUUGAGUGCCCAGGAGCUGCGCGAGAUCACCAUUUCUUACGGCACCAUCAUCGGCACAGGGCUUUUGGCUUUGUUAGUAUGCGGCACACGGCUUUACGUCCGGAAGUACGUCAAGGUCGCUUUCGGAAUUGACGACUGGGCCUGCUUGUUGGCUUUGCUUUUGGUUACCACUUUCAACGGUAUCGGCAUAGCCGUGGUACAUUACGGAGCUGGUAAGCGCAUGCACAACGUGUCUCAAGAGGACAUGGCGCAAUGGUUCCUGCUCUAUUACGUCUGCGUGUGCAUAUACCUAUCGAUCUCCUUCGCUGUCAAGACAAACCUUCUGCUAUUCUUGAGGCGAGUCUUUCCCAAUGCAUAUAUCCAACACACCACGCUCGGCAUGCUCAUUUUCCUGGUGCUCUUCACGAUCUCUGGAAGUUUCGCGGCGGCCUUCCAAUGCACCCCACCCAAGUACUUCUACAAACUCGAGUUUCUCAUGGCGCCAGACCGGGCCGACCACUGCUUUUCGGCGCACACCUCUUACAUCAUUUUCCUGUAUCAGGCCGUGGUGAUCUUUAUCUGCGAUGUCAUCAUGUUCCUCCUGCCCAUCCCUGCUCUGCUCCAGCUCAACCUGAGCGCGUCGAAGCGUUGGGCUCUCGUUCUUGUCUUCGCCAGCGGUGGCGUGGCAUGCAUUGCGCCUGCACUGCGGUUCAGCAGCUUGAGUUUCCAUGGCAAAGAAACCGCUGAUACGACAUUCGAUGCCGCGUCUUCGCUGUACUGGAUGGCCAUUGAAUACAACUUAGGGCUGGUUGCAGGGUCACUGACAAGCUUGCGCCCGCUCUUCGCCAGAUACGGGCUUUUCAGGACAGCGGCGGAUUCUAAUCGUCGCCAGUCACGAGGCGCCAAACGUAUGUCUUAUAGACUUGAUGAUAGCCCUGGGAGUAGCUGGGGCCAUGGACGGAGUGGGCAUGGUCAGGCUGGUGCGGAGAGAUAUCAGGGCGACAGCGUCCUGGCAACAACAGUCGUGGAUCAAACCAUAGUUGACCAAAAGAGCAUUGAGACAUCUCAUGCCCAUUGA